CUUUAUCGACAAUUCAUCAUCGCUCCCUCCCCGUGCGCGUGCGAGCUGCUGUCGCAUAAACACAUCCAUCUAGCUUUGUGAACUUACUACGACCGGCGCGCAUUUCUCGAGUGGCAUUUCCGCCGGUCACGCCCAGAAUAUAUGUUCUGUUCCUAAACCUUCUUCACGACGCGCCGACCGCGACCCAACGUCAACAACAACAACAACGAUCUUUCUAGGAUUUCCCCACCGCGCAUUCCUGGUAUUUCAUCACAUCUCUCAACAUGUUCUUCCCAGAGCAUUUGCUUUCCAAGUCGGGGCCGCUUGCACGCGUCUGGCUCGCGGCCAAUCUCGAAAAGAAGCUGUCGAAGCACCAGGUCCUGCAGGAUAAGAUUGGCGAAGAUAUCGCUGUUAUCACUAGACCCGAUGUUGCUGGUGGGCCGAUGGCCCUUCGUUUGAGCGGCCAGCUUUUACUCGGAGUUGUGCGCAUCUAUUCACGAAAAGCGCGUUACUUAUUAGACGAUUGUAAUGAAGCACUUGUACAGAUCAAAUGGGCUUUCCGUCCUGGCGAGAACAUAGAUGCGGCGCACCAGUCUCAUAUCGCCAAUCCUGCCAGUUUGACCCUUCCCGAUGUUUUGACAGAGCUUGACUUGCUGGCACCAAUGCCCGACCCAUUCCUACUCACUUCCCAACCUCUGGACCUGCAUUUGACCUUGGAGGAUGCGACCUUACCAGACUGGGACAACAGUCAGUUCCUAUCUGGCAGCAUUGAGCAGCCCCAUCUGGAACACAGGGCUCUGGACGGCCCCGAUUUGGAAUUGGAUCUUGGUGAAGAGUUGGAUCCGGAUUUUGGCUUCGAUGAGGGUACAAGCAUUGAACGCGGUCGUGAUGCUCCCCUCGAACGACGCAUAUCUGAAGAAUUGGCUUCGAGCCCAAAGCCUUUUGAAGAGGAUGAUCUUGGUAUCGACCUGGGCGAGGAUGACGACACAAUUCAACCAGCUGCGCCCGAUAUCGACAUCGACCUAGGCAUUGAUGUUGAUAUGGGUGGCAUGACCGAAUUGGAACCACUGGCAGAAACUGACGCGGGUGCUGAACCUUCGCUAACCCGCGAGCGAUCGAUGUCCCCAUUAUCCGACAUCGACCCUGAGCAGGCGCAAGAAUUAGAGCGAACUUUUGCAGACAACCAGACUGCUUUCGAGCCUGAAGAAGAGUUGGAUGAAACCGUCCAGCAACCACAAAGGGUCAAGCGAAGGAAAGUCUUGCCAUCUGACGUCGAAACCCAAAUUCCAAAUACCCAGAUUCGUGACCAGCAGAACGAUCGCAGCAAGAUUCUCAAGCCAGCUUCAUUCCUGCCGCGCGACCCGACUUUAGCUGCUUUGCAAAAUCUACAGAGGUCUGGCGGUUUCAUCUCCAGCAUUCUUGGAGAUGGUCGAAGCCGGGGUUGGGCUCCUGAACUGAGAGGAAUCCUCUCCUUGGAGCUCGUUUCUCGCCCUGGACAGAAGCGCAAGCGGGACAGUGGGGUUGCUGAUUUGGAUACCGAAGAAGAAGAAGGCGACCUCGGCACAAAGGCGACUCCUCAGCUUGAAUUUGAGCAGACCGAGGACGAUCUUCAGGGCGCCGCUGGCCCUGUGGGUGGAGAUACCACUCUCGGGCUCGGUGGAGAUGAAGAUAUCAUCCAGUUGCCUGGCGAUGAUGACACCAUGCCGCAGUUCGAGGAGCCUCUCGAGGAGGAACCAUUCUCGCCUGUUGCUGACAACUUCGAUGAUACUACGGCUCCCCUUCUUCACCCAGCCGAGACCGGACCAAUCUCAGUUGGCACUAAGCAUGCCGUCCAUCUUCUGAGGGAGCGUCUUGGCCCUGAGCCCGAAGCUGGUGACUCGGAACGCCAAAAGACGAGUGUCCUUUUCCACGAUAUGCUACCGGAAGCCACAACAACUAAGGCAGAUGCUACAAAGAUGUUCUUCGAGGUUCUAGUCCUUGCAACCAAAGAUGCUAUCAAGGUCGAACAACCUGGCAAUGAGCUUGGUGGACCGCUCCGAAUUCGCGCAAAGCGAGCCUUGUGGGGCGAUUGGGCAGAGCGCGCAGCGGGAGGAGAACUUGCCUCUCAGACUGCUACCCAGGCACCUGCUGUUGUUGCAGUCGAGGCGUAAGACUUUGAUGAUACCACUUGAGUAAAGAUUAUUAUUUCGUCAAACUCAAAAUCUUUGGACAGGCUUGUAUGACUGAUGUGGUGGCGUUGGCUGGAUACCCUUAUUCCUUUGGUAUCGAUUUAUGUCUGGCUACUGUACGGCGUUAAAGGGCUGGCGAACAUUGGUGGAUUUGUGCUAUUGAUGCAACGAGUGUAUUGGAAUAUCAUCAUUAUCCUGCCUCAUUGACAGAUUAAUAUAGAAGCUUC